AUGCCGCCCAACUUUGCGCCGGGCUUCCCGGCCCCAGGCAGCAGCGUGCCCACCAGCCACGCGACGGCCGACGCGCAGAACGUGUCGCCGAAUGCUCAGACGCCGACGCGCGCGCCAGCCCCGAGUGCCGAGGCCACCUCGACGCCGUCGACUGCGCCACAGCCGCAGGAGAAUGAGGCGACGCGCACGAACGCCCGGCGGCGCGCGCCCGCCAAGGGCGAGAAGGACAGCCGGACGGGGCGCCGGAAAAUCAAGAUCGAGUAUAUUGACGACGACUCGCGUCGGCACAUCACAUUUAGCAAGCGCAAGGCCGGCAUUAUGAAGAAGGCAUACGAGCUCGCUACGCUCACCGGCACACAGGUGCUGCUGCUCGUCGUCUCGCAGACGGGACUGGUCUAUACGUUCACGACGCCGAAGCUGGAGGCCGUGGUGAAGGAGCCCGAGGGCCGCAACCUGAUCCAAGAGUGUCUGAAUGCGCCGGAUGCAUCCGAUAUGUCGCUGCAGGCGGGCCCGUCGUCGGCGCCGCUGCUGAGAGAGGAGGCGGACGAGGGCGAGGAGGGCGAGGAGGACGAGGACGAGGAGGACGAGGGCCUGGAUAUGGGCCGCGCCGAUGCCGGGCUCUCGUCGCAUGCCAUGGGCGGGGUGCCGGCGCCGCCCUUCGCGCCUGCGAUGGACACGCCGCUCUUCCACCCCGGCUGGGCGCCGGUCGCGAAGGGCAAGCGCGCGGACGACGGGCCAGACAGCCCCGCCCCCAUGCCCCACGCUGCGCUCAAGCGCCGGCGCACGCAGCCGAACCUCUCGAUGCGCGCCUCUGCGCCCGAUGUGACGCAGGGCUUAUAUCAUCCUAAUAUGGUGCCGGUCCCGCACCUCGAUCGCUCAGCGCUGCCCAUGUUCUUUGGCUCGCCCCACACGCCCCAUGCGCAGCCGCCUGAAAAGCGCGGAGCAAGCCCGAGGCACCGCGCUCUAGCUAGGCACCCCGUAGAUACCCCCGACUCUUUGGCACGUGAUCAGCGGUGGCGCCGCGCCUACCUCCACGCUCCCGACGCGCUGGCGCUCAUGGCCGACGUGUGGAUCUCACGCAAGCGGUGGACGUGCAAGUACUGCCAAGUCACCAUCAAUGAUGAUCCACCUUCACGGCGGCACCACGAGAGUGGUCUGCGGCACAAACACAAUGUAGAGCGGGCUCUUCGUGCACUCCACCGCGACACGGACGCACAGCGGCGCGCGGACAACGAGAAGCAACGGACCAUGCAGCGGAUCGAGCAGGCAGCGGCUCGGCAGCAUGCGCGGUAUGAUGGUGGGCGCGCUGAACGCCCGCUUCCGGUGGCACCGGCGCCCAGCGCUGCACCAAGGCCGGACCCGGUGCGGCGCGCCGCGGCAUGGAGACCCUCAGACAAGAUGGCCCACUACACGACGGCGGCCUCGCUGGGUCUCCAGGACGAGGCGCCAGCUCCUCCGCCCCGGGCGGCGCCCCAGACCGCCGAGAUCGGCGCGUGGGAGACGGUGGUGCCCGCCGCGCCGGCCGCGGAGCCAGCGCCGGCCGCACCGGCGCCCAUCCACGAGGAGCGGCAGGCAGCGCGAGACUUUGCACUCGUAGAGCGUUCGCUGGACGACGACGACGAGUCCGAUCUCGUGCCGAUCGUAACGAAGCGUCAGCGCGCCGGCGACGCGGCCCAUCCUAUCAAGGCGGAGCCGGCCACAGAGACCAAGGCCGCGCCGGACGCGCCGGCCCCCGAGCCCACAUCCAGUCUCUUUCGCAAGCGCAAGCCACGCGGCCCGCCCAAGCCGCACGGCGUGUCGUCCUCAGAUCCAUAG